AUGGAGUCUGCAACAUUGACCAGCGAGAACAUCUCGACCAGUUCCGUAAACAAUGGCCAAAACGCGACCUCAGGCCAACAGACACCAUACAUACCACCCAGCACGACGAUAUCAACUUCAGCGGACUACCGAUACCGACUCGCAGACAUCUACGCACGAGCGUCGGUACAAGACCCCUUGAUCAUCAUGUUUGAGCAAGACAAAGACCCAAGCGUCAUGUCGGUGACAGCAGCACUCGUCCGCAAAGCGUGCGAGGGUCGCAUCGAGCGCAAAGUCAAUCUGGGGUCCUUGAUUGUGGAAGCUGCUAACUUCGCUGCCGUCGCAUGCUGGGAACCACCCUCUGCAACACCAUCUCUACUCACAACCGAAGAGCUAGAAGUGAUAGCGCAGCAACGACCUACCUUUGCACAAUUUACGCGCGACAUUCAAAGCGCGCGGAUCGAGAUACUCGGCCCAGAGACGAAAUACUGGAGUCUGUCGCUCAUGGCGAGGGAUCCGGACAGGAAGGAUAGAGGGGCGGUCAGGGCGGUGAUUGAGCCUUUUGUCGCGAGGGCCAAAGAGGAGGGCGUGCCGCUCUGGUUGACGGCCGCGAAUACGCGCGCCAGAGAUGUUUAUCAGUAUUUUGGGUUCCGUGUCGUGCGGUAUAUUGAGUCCUUUCCUCAGGGUCAGAAGCAAGGGGAGGGUGGAGGGGUUCCUAGCUGGGUUAUGGUUUGCAAUUGGCCGCCUGCAUGA